AUGAACGGCCCUUCGGCUUCAAAUCCCUAUGCUUGGGAGGAAAAUCGGCAAAAAUCGACAGCUCCAGCCAAUGAUGAAUAUUUCUUUUGGUUGUCAGUCAGCAAAAUGAUGCAUGAAGCCAUCUUCGCGACCGGUGGGCUAUUAUUGGCCCUUUUACUGUACUUGGUAUUGACAAAAGCCAAGAAAUCGAUGAAAAAUUACAAACAAAUGCUGUUGGUGUGCUGUUUGGCCGACAUUCAAUAUCUUAUUAUAUCCCAUUUUGUGCAGUUGGUAGGUAAUCUAAGAAUGAUUUAGACUCUUUGGAACAUGUUAUUUUCUAGUCUUUUUGCGGUUUUGACUGCAAAGAAUUAUUCAUGUCAUAUUAUUCAUGAUGAUUUUAUGGGAAGUACUCCAAGUGCGACGCUCAGAUUUUCUUUAAAUUUUGCACACAAGUCGGGCAUGGACUAAGUAUCAAUUCCCGAAAGUUUUAGCUCGCGCUUUCCCGGGGCCGCCGAGAUAUCGAACGAUCUUUGCCGCCGAGAGAGCACGCUAAACGUGGAGAGCGGUCAGAGAGUAAACACCUUUUUGGCCAUAACUUUGGCAGUUUUGUGCGGAACAUUUUGAUUUUUUGUAGAAACAUUAUCCUUUCCGGUUGAAAUAGGCAUGAAACUUUUCGUGCCGAAAUUCGGCAAAAAGUCCUAAAUUUUCGCCAACUUUCGAUCUAAAAAUGUCGGUUGUUUCUGCAAAGCGCGAGCUAGGGUUCUCGCAUAUAUCUUAGAAAAAAUUAUUCUAAAUUUGUGCCAAGUUUCAUCAAAAUCUGAGCGUCGCACUUGGAGCAUUUCCCCUGUUAGAUCAUCAAGACCCAACAAAGCGUGGAGCUCUGCGUCAUGGGCGGUAUGGCCCGAAAUUUCAGCUACAAUGGCCAAGUCGUGGUGAUGGCGGUGUAUGCCGCGGCAUUUGGAAUUACAAUGACGUCAUUGCCAGUCAAUUACUAUUAUCGCUUCCUGUGCGCGGCGGGGUAGGAAAAAUCACGUCCCGACUUUUCGGGUCGACACAAAAUUUUCAGAAAUCCCCCGUCCAGCAAAAAAGCGUUUUUCAUGUAUAUGAUCGGCUAUGUGGCGGUUGUUCCAUUAGCCGCGUUGGCAUGGCUCUCCUUUCAGUACGGUGGAAUUGGCCGGCCUGGCUUCAAUUUUGGCUCUUUAUGGUUCAAAACGUCUCCGUUGCCCAAGAUUUUAAUCGUUGACUUUGUAAGUUUGAACAAAAAAAAUAAAAGAAAAAAAAUUAAAUUCAAAAAAAAAUAAAAAAAAUAUUAAAUCCAAAUAAAAAACCAAAAAAAAAUUUAAAAAAAAAUUAAAAUUUUAAAAAAAUAAAUAAAAAAAUCAAAUAAAAAUAAAAUAAAAAUUCAAGAAAUAAAAAAUUUUUUUAGAGAAGCCCUUUCACCAAGGUGAUGUUAACAUAUCUCGCAAAUUGUGUGGCCGGUUGCUAUCUUCUCUCCCUCUACUGGGCCCGAAGAACCGUCAAAUUAAUGGGACUACAUGGACAGAGUAUGGUUAUGUCGAAGAUACACCGACAAGUCGCAUUGGCUUUGCUGGCACAGGUAAACGAUCUUUUUUUUCAACUUUUGAACUGCACAGUGCGAGAUUUUAAGAUUAUUUUUUGCACUGUGCAAAAAUCUAAAAACGUUUUGUCUGCACAGUGCGAUGAGUUUAUAAAUUUUUUUGGAUUGCACGGUGCAAAAUAGAAAUUAUUUCGACUUCACUGUGCAAAAUCAAACAAAUUUUGUCGCGCACAGUGCAAAUUGAAAAAAACCGUUUUGUUUGCACUGUGCGGCCACAAAUUUUUUUCAUCGCACAGUGCAAAAAUUGAAAAAAAAAAAUUCACUGCGCAAAGACCGAACGUUUUCUUUUCACCGCACAGUGGAAAAUUUAAAAAUUUAAAAAAUUUGCACUGUGCGAUCACAAUAUUUUUUCAUCGCACCGUGCAAAAUCGUUGUGAGUAAAGCCGAUUUUUUCCGCACUGUGCGAAAUUGAAAAAACCGUUUUGACUGCACUGUGCGACCACAAUUUUUUUUUGUUGCACUGUGCAAAAUUGAAAAAAAAAAUAGUUUUGGCACCGUGCAAAAUUAAAAUUUUCUGCCAGCUUGUAAUUUCAGGCAAUUCUGCCAAUUUUCGUCUCCGUCGGCCCGAAUGCUGUCCUCAUUUCGGCCAUUGUCUUCGAAAUGGAUCCGGGUGUGUUGGCCAUGAUGAUGUUCAAUUUCAUUGCGCUGAUACCAUUACUAAACUCACUGUCGACAAUCUUGAUUUUUCGAGCAUUCCGACAAACGCUAACCCAAGCACUUCAACGAGUCGCGAAGGAAAUUUCAUCGGUAAUUUGA